CCUCCCUCCCCCUGCCCCUGCCCCACCGAGGUCGAGGACGGCCGCAACUUUCUCUUCGCCAUGGUGCUCUUCACCUGGAUCUUCCGCGUGCACGGGCCAACCCUCAUGGCCAUGCACGACCUGGCACCUUCACUGCAACGUGUCGACGAGCGCGAUCAGGCUGCCCUCCGAAACCAGGGCAAGGCCAUCAUCAACCGCUUCGAGUUCAGUGCCAACUCCGCCAAGGCACUGCACAUCAACGACGACAGCGGCCGAUACUUCUUCACUUACCGGAUUGUCGGCGACAUUGGCUUCAUGUGCUGUUGCCAGAGCCGGUACUCUCGCAUCCACGCCCUCCAGUACAUCGAGGACCUGGCCGACAGCUUCUUCCGCCAGUUUUCCCAGGAAGUGAUUGCCUCCUCGGUCCGGCCCUUCUCCCUGAUGGCCUUUGAAUCCACCGUCCAACGCCUGACCCGGGAAUUCAACGACUCGUCGCUGCUCUCGGCUCGUGAGGCCACCUCCCGCGGGGCUGGCGCCGUGUCCAGCGAUGUCAGCACCGGCGUCUCAUCCAAUACCCACCGCGCUAGCCAUUUGUCCUCCCUCAACGAGGAGCUGGUCGAUGUGGCUCGUGUCAUGACCAUCGGCAUGAAGGACGUCCUGGACCGGGGAGUCAAGCUGGACACCAUGGAGACCAUGUCCAGCCACCUGUCCGUCGCAGCCAAGGAGUACAACCGCCAGACGCGUAACCUCAACUGGCAGGCCAUGCUCCGCCGGUAUGGUCCGCCGGUUGUGGUCCUGCUUGUGGUCCUUCUUGUUUUCAUCUUCUACUGGGGUGUGCUCCGGUAAGUCACCAGCUGUCUCCUCCCCUCCAACCCCUUGUGGGCUUUUUCUUUUCUUCCCCCCCCCCCCCCCC